GAUUUAAGGUGAAGUAUAGUAUGAAUAAGGAAUGUUUAAGGUGUCUGGGAUUUGAAGAUAAAGAUUGUGGAUUGAAGAACAAUAGUGAUAUUGAGAAAUAUGCAGUGUCCUCUUGCUAUUAUGAUAAAUGUCCACAUGGAUCUAGUGAGUUUUCAACAAACUGUUAUCCUAUUCACAAAAGUAAGGAGUUGAGCUGGCAAGGGAAAAUGAAAAUUAUCGCAGGAAGUGCAGGUGCAACAUUUGUAGGAUUAUCGAUAUGUAUCGCUAUCUUUUAUUUCACAUACAAGUCCAUAAAGAAUAAUCAAGACAAAAAGAUUAACCAAGACAUCGAAGCAUUCUUAAAAACUAAUGAAGAUUUUACUAUAAGACGAUACAAAUUCUCGCAUAUCAAGAAAAUGACUAACAACUUCGAAGUCAAACUAGGACAAGGUGGUUAUGGUACAGUAUACAAAGGAAAGCUACUCAAUGACCGCCUUGUGGCCGUGAAGAUAUUAAACGCAUCCAAAGGAAAAGGUGAAGAAUUUAUGAACGAGGUUUCUAGCAUAACAAAAACCUCUCACGUUAAUGUUGUUGCCCUUCUUGGAUUUUGUUUUGACGGUCGCAAAAAAGCCCUGAUCUAUGAAUUCAUGUCUAAUGGUUCGCUUGACAAAUUUAUUUACAACGCGCAACAUGAAACCUAUCAAUCUCUGAGUUGGGAGAUUCUUUAUGAAAUUGCUAAAGGGAUAGCUCGAGGGUUGGAGUACCUGCAUAGAGGAUGCAGUACUCGAAUUUUACAUUUUGAUAUAAAACCACAUAAUAUUUUAUUAGAUGAAAAUUUUUGUCCAAAGAUAUCAGAUUUUGGACUUGCAAGACUUUGUCUCAAGAAAGAAAGCAUUAUUUCGAUGUCAGGUGCUAGAGGAACGAUGGGAUAUGUAGCUCCUGAGUUGUGGAAUAGAAACUUUGGAGGCGUUUCGUACAAGUCUGAUGUUUAUAGUUACGGAAUGAUGUUGUUGGAAAUAAUCGGAGGAAGGAAAAACAUUAGUGCCAAUGCAAGUCAUACAAGUGAGAAAUACUUUCCUGAUUGGGUAUACAAAAGGUUUGAUCUAGACACUGAUUUGAGACACGAUGAAGUGAUUGCCACAGAUGAUGACAUCGCAAAGAGAAUGACCAUAGUAGGAUUAUGGUGCAUUCAAACACUUCCAAAUGAUAGACCUGCAAUGAGUAGAGUUAUUGAAAUGUUAGAAGGCAAUGUGAGUUCAUUGGAAAUACCCCCAAAACCUAUUCUUUCUUCUCCUACUAGACCAGUACCAAAAUCGUCAGCUUCAUGAAAUUUAUGUUGUAAGUCUUCCACACUGCAUUAUUUUAAUCAUACUUGUUUUUAUAUUUUUCUAUCAUAGUUAUGAAGCAAGGAAAUCACAUAUUGGUGUUAAACUUUUGUUAUAGUGUAUGUAAGUGCAUUACAAAAAUUUUCUACUGAUUACGAAAUCAAAGAAUAAACUUGCUAGUGCUACAGGUACAAAUAGAACUGACAUGGCUGAAAUGAAUGAGAGUAUAUUCAGAAGGGAGAUGACAUGUUUAUAUUAUUUAAAAUCUUUCCUUUUUGAAGAUGCUAGUUAGAGUGGUUUAGAAGGUUGUGGGCUUCAAAGAAAGUUUCUUUGGGGGGUAGGUGGGAGGAAAAUUUAUUGGGUGAAGUGGAGGAGAAGUUGUCAACCAAGAAGUAAGGGAAGUAUAGGUGUGAGAGAUGGAAACUUCUUCAUGAUGAGAAUAUGUUUGGAAGAAAUUCUAGAGAAAAGAUACGGGCCAAGAGUGAGUAGGAGGGUGGACUUGGAAUUCUUGUGUCUAGGUGGUGGAGAGAUUUGACGUCAUUGGAGGAUUUCUCGGUAAGAUUCUGUUACACUUUACUAGAGAAUUUGUGGUCCAUAUAAGGGGUGAAUGUAAAGGAGUUGGUUGUGUUUUUCUAUAUUUGGAGGGGCCCGGUUCUAUCAAAGGUUUUGACCUUUGUUAGACCUACUUGAUCGUAUCCCAAUAAAAGUUAACUUUACAAAGAGACGCCUCUUAGAUGUACAAAAUUUUAAGAGGUGUGUUUUUUGUGGAGGAAACAGAGGUACAUCUUUUUCUUCGAUGUGAAGUUAUCUCAAAAGUUUGGCGUUAUGUCAUGAACUGGAUGCAAUUUAAUUUUAUCACGUCGCAAAUUUUAUUUAUCUUACUUGUUGGAUGAAUGAAGUGCACGCCAACCCAAGAAAAUGUCUUGCUAGGGAAUCCUUGUGGAUGAUGUGGACUAUGUUUUCAUAUUGGUGGUUGUGCUUUGGAGUUUUAGGAGGGCUAAUGUUAGGGUAUGAUGUUUUCAUGAGGCUUGUUAUGGUUAUGGUUUCUUGCUGUAUUUGUGUCCCCUGUUUGUUUUUGGAGGAUUGCUUAUUUGUUCUUUGUUCUGUCUCGUCCAACUUUUCUUGAGUGGAUUUUGGUUUUUUCAAUAA